AUGUGUGCACAUGCUGCUUCUCAGCUAAAGUUCAUAACUUAAAAAAAAGGAAUCUAGACUCGUCCUCUGCACGCUCGUCUCAAUCUUGAUCUGGACGUGUAUGAUGAUGGUGAUGAUUGUGGCCGGUAUCGCAUGAAGAUGAGGACACGCUUCAGCACGGUGCUCCUUUGUUGCUGCCUCUUUACAGGUAACCUGAUGAAAAUUACAUGACAGAAACUUGUUUGUUGGUCUCCGAUGACAUCAGCGGGUUUUUCUUCGGCCCUCUGAUCGGUUACAGCUAACCGGCAAAGUAGGUCUUUCGUUACCUUUGAUGGAUUUUAUUGUUUUAGGUUUUUAGGUGGCGGCAAAAGACUGGUUUUGUCUAAAUGACUCUCACACCAAUAUCCCAUCAGAUUGCGUCAAAGCAACAUGAUUAUUGAUGGCACAAACAGCAACUGGGUUAGUCACUAUUUCUCCCCUGUUUCGUAGUCUGUGAGUCCAGCCCGUCGUCCGUGAGGGCCAUCGCAGGUCAGGACGUCACGCUGUCGUGCACGUAUGACAUCAUCCAUUACGGAUAUUUGUGGGUCUGCUGGGGCCGGGGAGCUUUGCCGAUGAAUGGCUGCAGUCCCCAGAUCGCUGAAACCAACGGUGAGAGCGUGACGGAAGAAAGCGACAGGUACAAGCUGCUGGGCCGGUUGGAGGACGGUAAUGUUUCGUUGACCAUCCUGAACGCGAGGGUGGAAGACGCCGGAGUGUACAGCUGCCGGGUGCAUGUGCCUGGCAUCUUCAAUGAUGAGAAACACUCCAUCGAGUUGAUCAUAAUGGACGCCCCUCAAAGCACGACUUUAAAGACUGACAUGUUUGCGGGGAGCAUUGCUGCCGUCAGUACAGCAGCUCAGAUGACCUCCUCUCAAGGCUUCAAUACUUCCUCCUCCUCAAUCGAUAUCAAAACCAAAACCGAGAAGCGUGACAUCCAAGGGUGUAUGGUUGCGACAGGCGUCAUCUUUGGGCUCAUCCUCUUUGGCGCAGUCAUCAGCAUCAUCAUCGGUAGAAGACGCCAGCGUCUCACCAAAAUUCAUCAGCAGCUUCCGAGCGUCCUUUCGGCGCACUUCAGCUCCACGUCGUCGUCUCUGCACCUGCACAACCAACCUGCGGCCGUGGACAACAUCUACCAGAUGGACACGGAUGAAUACGACUAUUUACCCUGACGCUCCCACGGCCUCCGCGAUGCCGCUGCAGCACAUCUUUGGUCGACUGACAGGCUUCAUUAAAAGGCAAUUGUUAAAGCGAACUAUUUA